AUGGCAGCGGGCGGACGCACACCGAAACAGCGGAGAUUGGAAAUGUCCUCGAUACUUAGGAAUGCGAAUGCAACUAGAAGAAGGCGCGGGAGCUGCAAGUGUCUGUUCGGAGCUCCGGACAGAGAUGAAACGAGACGGCUCAUGGCGGAGCAGUACGCGAGGGAUAGAAAACGAUUCAUCAAGCGGUUCAACUUCGACGUCGAGACGGAGUGCUCAUAUAAAGCCGGGAAAAUGGAUUCGCCUGUGAAAUUCUGUGAGGAUAAAGAGAAUGAGAGUCCACGGACCGGUGCUGAGGCUUUAGCGUGCGUUGAGAACACAGAUUUGAUGCUUGGUUCGCCGUCGCGAAGAAGCGGUAACUCGCCUAGGACGCCUACUAGGACGCCUAGAACGCCUAGGACUCCUAGGGCGUCUAGAACACCACGAACGCCUCGUACACCAGCCUCAAGACGGCAGCUGCAAAUGACAGGAUACAAUACAAUUGAGUGCAUAAUGAAAAAAAAACUGCCAUGA